GUAGAAUUAUACAUGUGAUCAGAGCAAGACGCCAAUAUGAGCGAGCGAAUGCGAAACUGGUUCGUCUCCAGACAAGCCACGCGUUCACGCUGGUUCCACACAUGCUUGCAGAUGAAUGAAGUUGCAGAGCUGAAUAAAUCGCGCCGCUGAAAAGCCUGUAACGAUGGUCGGCGCGGGUUUGCCGGUCAAAAUUGGCCUCGAGCCAAAGCAGCAAAGGAAGAAAGAGCCAUCCAAAUUGGAUGCUGAUCUUGAGCUCCUCAAGGAACGCAUCCAGCAGUUCGGACGGUCGUGGGCGGUCGCUGCUGCUGCGAACGGUUCGACAGACCCCGGCUGCCUGCUGCAAGCGGCCAAGGCGCUGGCCGGCCUUGUGGCGCUGUUCGGGGAGCGCAAGGCGGCAGCCUACAAGUCACAGACAAAGCACACAGCCGCCAAGGAGGCGCCGUGGCGGGGGCUGCUGCCGGCACUGCUGGCUGGCAGCGGCGCGGCGGCCGCCUCCCGCGGCCUGGCGCUGCCGGCACUUGCGGGGCUGGUCGGGUACAUGCCCGAGGUGGUGCCAAUGGAGUGCUGCCCGCUGCUGGUGUGGCAGCUGGACAGCGCCCCCGCAUCGCCGCCGGCAGCAGCGGCAGCUGCAGCCGCCGCAGCAGCAGCGGCGGAGCGGCUGGUGGCGGGCGCACACGCGGUCACGUGUCUGCUAGCGCUGGUGCCGCUGUGGCGGGCGGCGGGCGUGCGGCCGUACUGGCGGGCUGGGGCCGGCACCGCCCGACUGGCCUCGCACCUGCGCCUGUGCGUGGCAGCCUGCGCAGCCCACUUCCCCGCCCCCCGGCCCAGCCGAGGCGACGGCAGUAGCUGGCCUGGCAGCAGCAGCGGCCCCACCAGUGGCAGCGGCAGUAGCAGUAGCAGUACCGCCACUGCUGGCAGGGGCAGUAGCAGGAGCAGUGCCGCCACUGCUGGCAGGGGCAGGGGGCUGGCGGGGGCGGGGGCGCCAGCCCAGGGUUUGUCAUCCGUGCCGGUGGUGGUGGUGUUCACGGGUGUGUCGGGUGCGGCGGCUCUGACGGCGCUGGAGGCUGGGCUGCGGCUGGCCAGCACGCUGCUGCAGCUGCAGGCGGGAGGGCUGCGGGGGGAGGUGCUGAGCGGCGAGGCGGCGGCCAGCUGGGUGGGGCUGCUGCUGGAUGCCCACGACGUCGCCACUGCGGCUACAGCCGCGGCCCAGGCGGCGCUCAAGGCAGCCGCGACUGGGAGCGGCAGUAGCAGCGGCGGCAGUGGCAGUAGCAGCGGGGCUGCGGCGGGCCUGCUGUCGGAUGCGUGGCGGGCGCAGGCGCUGUCGGUUGAGAUGCUGCGGCAGCUGUCCAGCUCGCGCCGCUUCUGGACCGCGGUGCUACAGUCCCCACGUGCAGCCCUUCCCGAGCACGCACCAUCGCACGUGGCUCCUGCGGCAGCGGCGUCGCCGGUGCCGGGGGGAGCGGCAGUAGCAGCCGCGUCAGGGGCGGCGGCAACAGCGAUGGCGACUGGCGACGCAUGCCUGGCAGCGCGGCUGCUGCUGGGGCUGUCGUACCACCUCAGCGGCUGUGCACCGUACCCAGCAGUGGAAGGCGCCGGCAGUAGCAGUAGCCCCGGCAGCAACGCUGCGCUACUGCCGGCCCUUGUCCCCCUCCUGGCGCAGCCGGAGCUGUGGGGCCGGCACCGCCUGUCCCGGCUAGGCGGCGGCGGUAGCAGUGCGCACGUGGCAGUGGGACAGCAUGGGCAGCAGACGCAACGGCAGUCGGCAACAGCGGCUGCAGCAGCAUCGGCAGCGGGCGGCGGCCAAGGAUUGCUACAGCCGGCCCGGGAGCUGGCGAUGCGGCGGCUGCUGGCGGCGCUGGUUCAAUGCUUCUGCGCCGUACAGUGGAAGCCGCCGCUGCGACACGAAGGGGGCAUUUACAACGGCCGGGACGGCACGAUCGGCAGUAGCAGCAGCACCCGUGUCGGCAGCAGCAGCAGCAGCAGCAGCAGCAGCGAGCCGGCACCGGUGCAGCAGGCGCACACGGCAGGCAUGCGGCUACUGCCUGUGCUGGCGGCGGCGCUGAUGCCGGAUGCGGUGCCGUACGGGCAUAAGCCGAAGACCGCGUGGGCGGCGCCUGAUGUGGGGGAGGGAGCUGGCAGCUCCCUGUGGGACCAGGCGCUGCGUGCCGCCCUGGUCAUGUCCUGCCGGGCGGCGCUGCAGCACAUUGAGGUGAUGGAACGGGCGGGGGCACCAAGUGGCGGGGUCCUGGCUGGGGCGGCGCAGCCAGGUCCGGCGCCGGGGGCUGACGGCGUCGCCUUUGCAGACUCCAUGACGGCGGCGGCGGUGUGGGCCGCGGGCAGCGGCGGCGCGCUUCCGCAGCCGCAGCCGGCGGCGCUGUCGCGGCCUGAGGAGCAGCUUGCCUGGGCUGUAGCAUGGCAGCUCCUGCGACAGCUGGCGCCGCUACUGCCUGACGCGGCGGCUGUAGCAGCGGUAUCGGAGGCGGUGGGCGGGGCCGCGACUGCGGCUGCACACGAGGCGGCGCGCCGCUCGCCCGCCCCCAACGCAUCCAUCACCCUGCUAUCCCUGCUGCUGUCCCAGACCCGCACCCUUGUGGACCUCGCGCAGCUGCAGCUGCGCCACUUCUGGGCCAUCGGGGGCGGCGGUGGCGGCAGUAGCAGCGCGGCCGGCGGCAGUAGCAGCGGCGGCAGCAGCAGCAGCAUGUCUCUGGAGCAGGCUUGCGGUGGCGUGCCGGCUUGCGCCGUUGCGACGGAGGCGGUCGCCAGGAUGGAUCCAAACGGGACGCGCCCCUGCGCGAGCUUCCUGCAGCAAGUGGUAAAGCGUAUGCAGGUCCUGGCGAUGGCUGCUCAUGUGGGCGACAGCAACGCCGGCGCUGGCGCCGGCGCCGGCGGGGCCUCCGGGCCUCUGCGCCACGUCAGCGCCGGUGCCACCGCGCCCCUGGCGGAUCCUGCUUCCACCCACGACGGCGGCGGCGCCACCGAUGCUGGUGCCGACGCCCGUGAGCACGACCGCCUCCGCUCCGAGUGGGCGCGGGUCCCGCAGCCCCAGUGGCGCCACUGGACCCCCCAGCAGCAGCGGCUGUAUGCGCUGGCCCGGUGCUGCCUGGCGGCUGCAGACACCGCGGCCGCCGUCACGCAGCCGGCGGCGCGGCUGCCGACGCCGCUACAGUCGCUACAGCCGCCGCUGACGGCGGCGGCAUACAGCGCGCUUCACGCGGCCCUGUCCGGGCUGUUAUGCCGCGCAGCGGCCACGCCGCAUGAGGAUCUGGACUCGGUUUUGGGCCAGGAGCCCCUGCCUCAGCUGCGCGGGGCGCUGCAGCGACUGGCGAGGAUCUGGGACAGGGCGGCGGCUGCAGCCAGUGUUGGCGGGAUGGGGGACGCGGGCAUGGCAGGCCGAGAGGAAGGAGGCGUACGGGGCGACAGCGACGGCGGCAGCGGCAGUAGCAGCGACAGUGAUGACGACUGCACGGACGUUGACACGAUGCUUGCUGGCCCAGCACCGACGGCAGCAGCAGCGGUGGCGGCUGCCGGUGCAGGCGCAGGUGCUACUGCUGGGUGCUGGUAUGCUACAGCCCGCCUGCAUGCGGCGGCGAGCUCCAUAGUGCGUGGCGAGGUGGCGUGCCUGGCGGCGGCGCUGCUGGCGACGUGCUACAGCCAUCUUGGGGCUGCGGCCGCCACGGCUUCGGCGCCUGGCUGUAGCACGUCAUUGUACCCGCGGGCUGUAGCAGCGGCACCUGCGGCUGGCUUCAACCUUGAUGCGAUUGAGGAAUAUGCGGACUCCAAUUUUGUGGCGCGAAGAGCUGGGGCCGGCAGCGGCGGCGGCGGUGGUGGGGGCGGCGUCAACGGCAGCGCAGCAGAGCCGCUGCUACAGCCGCAGCUGCGUGCGGUGUCGGCGCUGGUGGCGGCUGGCUGUCCCGUGCUGGGUGCGCAUCUGGUGCAGGCGCUGCAGGCAGGCACACCAGCCGCGCCGCCAGCGCGCCUCCCGUCAUCGCCUGCGGGCGGAGCCAAUGCCAUGGAGGGGGAAGGGUCUGACGGCAGUGGCAAUGGUGGUGGUGGGAGAGCCGCUGUGGUGGGCUGGCCUCGCCGCAUUGAGGUGGCCAUGGGACAGCGUGUGCCGUGGCGGGCGCUGCAGGCCGUGCUUGGCUACCUGUCUUCAGGUCACGUGGACCUUUUGCAGCUGGCAGGGCCGGCGGCGGGGCCGGGGGCGCAGCAGCAUCAAGCGGCGGCGGCUGUGGCCAAGGAGGUUGCGGCGCUUGCUGUGGGCCUAGGCCUACCGGAGCUGCGGGCCCUAGCCCGCGGCGUGCUGCCGCGCCCCGGCAGCACGCCGCCAGCGCCCAUGCCCAACCUGCGGCCGCUGCUGCCGAGCUCCCUGCUGGUUCUGCAGCCAUCCGCCUCGCUGGCGGGCAUCGCACCUCACAGCCAAAACGGUGCACAUGCACUUUCAGCAGUGGUGGCGGUGGCAGGGGGUUUGGCCGGUGCCCCGGCGGCAACCGAGUUGGAACCGGCGGUGUUAGGGUCGCCGCGGGAAGCGCCACACGCCGCGACGGCGGAUGGAGAGCCUGCACCGCUGCGCACCCGCGCCCGCGCUCCGCACCGGCGUCACUCCCACCCACACCUGGAGGAGCAGCUAUCGGCGGUGGUGCACUGGGAGGAGCAGAUGAUGGCUGCUGACAUGGGCGGCGGCGGCGCCCACCUGCGCCUGCCGCCGCGGCCGCUGGUGGACAUGCGGCUGCUACACACGGGGGGCACGGCCAGCCUCAGGAGCAGCAGUGGUUGUGGUGUCGGUUGUGGCGGCAGUGGCAGUGGCAGUGGCAGUGGCAGCUUCUGGCCCGCCGACGCAGUCAUUGCGGCUCCGCUCCUGAUGGUUGGCCCCUGCGCAGGUGACAGCAGCCCUGCCGGCGGCGGCACCGCAGCCGGGGCUGCGGCUCUCCCAGCUGCGGCGGUCGACAGUGCACAGCCCCACGCGGCUGCAACUGCAGCUGCAGCGGCGGCUGCCGCCGCCGCCGCCGCCCAUCCGGUUGUGUACUGCCGCACGGCUCUCGUGCCCGCGCACCGGGUGGUGCUGGCGGCCGGCUGUGAGUACUUCGCAGCCCUGUGCUCCGACCGCUGGCAACUGGAGGAGCCGGAGGAGAGUGAAUGUGGCGGCGCUGGCGGCGGCGGUGCAGGGCCGGAGGCAGGGCAGCUGUGCCUGCGGCCCUGCCCAUGUGGCCCCGCCUGUGGGCGCGGCACGUUCGCUGAGCAGCCGCGGUGGGGCUCGCAGCUGCAUCCGCCGGGGCAGCAAUCGACCCCGGCGCAACAGCCUGCGUGCUGCCUGGUCCUCAAAGCCAAGCUGCUUCGGGCGCCCGCGUGCGAUGCUGAAGCGCUCCUAGCUAUCCUGCACAACCUACAACCCCACACCGGCGCCGCGGCCGCCGCGGACGUCGCUCGCCAGGGUAACGCAGUCGAUGCGGGGCCCGACGGCAGUAGCGCCAGCGGCGGGGGCGCAAGAGACAGCGGGCAGGCGGCGUCCCUGGGGGGCAUGGCGCCGCCGCUGCUACUGCCAUGCCAGUGGCGCCCGCUGUCUGCUGCCGCCGCUGAUGAGGGCAGCUGCUGCGGAGCUCCGGAUGACGGGGCAUCAGGCCAGGCGGCCGUUGGUGCUGCUGCGGCUGCUGCUGCCGCUGCUGCCGCUGCUACUGCCGCUGCUGCCGCUGCUACUGCUGCUACUGCCGGCUGUGCCAGCUGUCGUGAGCUGCGGCUGUGCGUCCGCAUGCUUCAGGCCUGCAAUGCGUUGCUGCUGCCACACCUGGAGAGCCGCGUGGUGGACCACAUCCUGAGACUGCUGCGGCGCUGCCGCCGUCAGCGCCAUACAGCGGCCUUCCCUGACGCCGCUGGUCACGACGGCAUGGCCAUUGGCAACAGGGACGGGCCAAACAGCAGCGACGGCACGGCCUCCGAUUGUGGGUCCGUGUUGCCUCAGCAGCAACAGCAGCAGGGGCGGCGGCAGGGCUCGCAGCGGCUGGCUCCGGGCUGCCUAUUGACGGCGGUCCGGGACGGGUUGGUCCUGCAGCUGCCGUGGCUGGUGGCGGCGGCGAGCGAGGCGCUUACCACGUGUUUCGGCUCAGCAGAGGCGCGCCUGGAGGCGGAUGAGGAGUGGCAGGCGCUGCCGGAUGCCACGCAGCGGGCGCUGCUGGACAGCUGGGCGCGCCGAGCCCGUGGUGCGGCGGGGCGCAGCAGCAGCGGCGCCGUUGCAGGAGGCAGCACAGGCCGGCCGGCGACAGCAAGGGCGGCGGACGGGCCAGCGGCGCAGCGACCGCGGCCUCGGGGCGGGGUGGGCGGGGGCGCGGGGUCUGACAAGGAGGUGGAAGACACACCGGCCUGGACGGACGGGCUGCUUGAGGCGGCGCGACUGGUGGUAGUUUCUCUCGGAGGCGGGCCUAAGCGCCCAGCCUCACAGUUUUGGGGUGGUUGAGGGCUCGGGCGGUACCGUAUUUGAUUUUUUGAUUGCGUGAGAGCACUCCUAGCC